CAAGGGUCAACUGUGGCUGUGAUCCAACGCGUCUUUUGUCUUCCAUCAGAGAAAUCUUUUCAUGUUUCUCCGUCCAUUAGAACUGAUCAUCAGUACGCCUCUUUAUUCUCUUUUUCACUCAUGUUGACCUACUCGCAGAGAUCCCCAAUUUUCGAGCGCAUUCGCUCUAAGAAAGCCAUGGAAAAAUUCCCUCAAGAGCUCAUCGACCUAAUCAUCGACCAGCUCUGCGACGACCCUAAAUCCCUCGGAACCUGUCUCUCCCUUUCACGCUCUUUCCGGUCCCACGCCCAAGUCCUUCUCUUCCGAUCCACACGUAUAUCCUCCGACCUCGACUUUCUCAAAUUCACCGCCGUCUGCCGCAGCUCCCCAGCAGUCGAGUACCUCGUCCGAUCUCUACACUUUGUCUACUCCAUCGACCUUCUCGGUGGGAGCGGGAGCGUCGCUGCUCGGCAACUCCGUAUCCUCUUUUUACCCAACGUCGACACCCUCCACAUCGACGGCGGUGGCAACGCAUGGGACGACGGCCUUGUCGGAUCCAUGACGUCCGUGAUCACGUCCUUGACACUAGAAGGCGUCGAGUUUUCUUCCGCGGAGAGCUUCCGAAGAUGUAUCCGCUCCUACCCACAACUUAAGUCCCUCAACAUGAUCGGCGUGUCCUCCCCCCCGAGUGCAAGAGGGAGCAUUGUCGACGGUUCAUUCCUGUGGCGUGCAAGCGACAUGAAUAUUCCAUUAUACGCGCUGCGCAUCCUUCGGCUCCAUAUUCCAUUACGCGACGUAUCCGAAAUACAAAGCAUCCUCAACGGCGUUCGUCAUUCCCUCUCAAGGCUAUCGAUAUCCCCUAUGCUUCCUAAUGACAAAACACCAAAAUUCUUCACAAACGCCCAGGUCCUCGAUUUCUCUCGCGUGCCAGUAGUCGACUACGUCAUGUCCAACAUCCGACACGAGGUACCCUACCUCCUUGAGGGCUUGGAGUUCCUCGAGCUCUGCAUAAAGAAGGGCGCCGGUCCGGCAUUCCUUCAACAUCUCACCGUCAUCGUUCCGCCACUCCCCACUCUCAAAGAACUCGUGCAACUAAGCGGAAAUGACAUAUGGGCGGCUUUGGAUACCGCUCUCUCGGCUCCACGAUUUGCCUCUCUCAAAGUCCUCAGGGUCUCUAUUGGCUCGGAAGAUAACAAUAUGACUAUCCGCAGGAAUAUCGUGGAGCAGAUGCCCGUGUUGCACGAGGAGGGCCGACUCUUGGUUGAAGCGCUAGCUUAGGCACAUAUUUAUAUUGCAUAUUCUUAUUCUUGUAUCAUAGCCAUAAACGAUGGAUGGUGGAGCCAAUCCGAUUUGUUUGUCCUUUCCUCUCUUGUCACCUUGACUCGGCAGGAAGACGGCAUUGUUCGUAAACUCACGCUAGGCAUAUCUUCCAAACUCAAAGUAUAUCCAAUUCGUCCAGCU